AUGUGGCAGUCGUAUUUGAAAAUAUCACGCCUUACUCUUGUUUUCAUUCUCCUCACCACCUCACUCGCAUGUCCUGAUCCUUGGGAGGCUCUAAGACUUCCCGAUGGGAAGAUUAUAGGAGGAGCUUCCAAACCAUUGACCUUACGCAAUGAAUCAAGUCACGACAAAAGAUGGAUGCAGAUGGUUCCCGGAAGAUUUGGGUACGGAGAUCUUUGGCCAGGAGGCACAAUAAUUUAUUGCAUGGGUGCUUCAAUCACUGGAGCUGCAGACCGUACCGACAUGCGUCUGAGCCUUCAGGCCGCGUGGAAACUCUGGGUUGAUGCAGGAAUUGACCCAAAUGUCCAGGAUUUCAGAGAAGGGACGGUUGGGGACUGCUCCUCCCCAGGAAAUGGGGCUCUCACUGUUGAAAUUUCUUCUGAUGGCACAAUGCACUCAAACUAUGGAAGAUACUCGGACGGUUCAGUAAUGGUGUUGAUUCCUAGAAACGACGUAGGUAUGGGGGAUAAAAUCGCAAAUUAUGCACAUGAAAUAGGGCAUGCUUUCGGACUCCUCCACGAGCAUCAGCGUCCCGAUGUAUGGACAGCAGAGUAUGGCGGAACAGCCGUGACGCCAAGCUUUUUCUUCAAUUGCCAAAAUCUUAAAGAUUUUGCUGCUUUGGAAGCAACUAGGGGAGCAAAAUCCGCGGGCGAAGCGUGUCAAUCAUACAGCAAGGCCAUUGAGUUUGAGUUUUCCGCCUCUCAUUUUCUACCGGAACCGAGGGAUGAAAGCGGUGUGGCUGGUGGACCUCUGGACUUGAAAUCAAUCAUGAUAUACCCGUCCAGAGCUGGUGGAAUCAAUCCUGGGACCACCCCUGCAACAGGCAGACUCGUCUACACUUUGUGGGACGGCACCGAGAUUCUACCAAGAUUUGUCCCCAGCCAAUUCGACGUAAAGAACAUGAAGUCACUCUAUCCAGCAACUGCACCACAGACAACUCCCUGUUUUGCCUUCCAAGCUUGCAGUCCCUUUCAACACAUGUUUAAUCAGGUGGUGGGCUGCCGCAGGUAA